AUGACAAUUACACGAUGGCCAAACCUAAUGCAGGAAAUUAAACGCGUUUUAAAGCCUGGAGGAAUUAUUGAGCAGCAUGAAUUAGAUGCAAUUGCACAUAAUGCUGGGCCAAAGUUCCAAAAUAUUCAAAAUUAUGGUAACGAAACUAGUUCUACUAGUGAAAAACAAAAACAAGGCUUUAAUUAUAUUGGAGGUCGAAAGUUUUAUGAUAUUGUACCAUAUGUAUUGCCCGCAGAUAUUGAAGAGGACGAUCGCUUACAUCAACAACAUUUCGCGCUCAAAUAUAUUUGUGGAGGGAAUUACACGGCUCCAAUUCAUGAUUUAAUAAAACCUGGAAGUAAGAUACUGGACUUGGGUUGUGGUCCAGGCCAAUGGACACUAGAAAUGGCACAAGAAUUUCCACAAGCAGAUGUAUAUGGUAUCGACAUAAACGCGAAUUUCCCAACUACAAUUAAACCAGCGAAUUCACAUUUCCUAGUUGGUAAUGUUACAGAACGCUUACCUUGGGAAGAUAACUACUUUGAUUUUAUUUGGAUACGAUAUUUGUUCGUUGGAAUUAUGGAUGCAGAUUGGCAGAAUUUAUAUCAUGAGGUUAGGCGUGUACUAAAACCAGGCGGAAUACUUGAACAUCAUGAAUGUGAUGGGCUUACUGUAAAUCCUGGCCCGAAAUUUAAAAAAUUCCUAGGACAUUUUGAAGAAGCAUUUAUUUCACGUGAUCUAAGCUUUCGAUUGGCAUGUGAAUUAAGCGAACGAAUGACGAUGGCUGGAUUCGAAGAUCAAUUGGAAGGGGGUAAAAUUGGAGAAAUAUGGGCAGCGAACUUAAAAGACGGUACUUUCGCUAUGAAACCUUGGCUCUCGAAACUUACCGGCUUAACAGACGACGAGUACGACUCGGUUGUUCAAUAUAUUUUCGAUUAUGAAAUUUUCGAAUAUGAUGAUUAUCAUAAUCAUCAUAUGGUUUGGGCUCGGAAAAAUCAAUGA